ACGCGCACCACCCCGCAGAAAGCAGCCCUGCAGACACUCGAGAACCCCGACGCGAUCGACGACCGCGACGGCUUCUUCGUCGACCUCCUCAGCGCGCUCUGCAAGCUUCCCCAGGACGGCGCGCUCGCCAAGACCGCGAACGACAAGGUCAUCGCCCUCCUCUACAACUCCCUCCCGCACCCGCCCGCGAUGUACAUCGGCUCCGACCCGUCCGGCGCCGUGCCCUGGUCCGAGCAACCGUCGCCGCCCCCACCGCCGCGCGCGCCCUGGGCGUUCCGCAGCGCCGACGGCAGCGGGAACAACGUCUGGAGACCGGCGCUCGGCCAGGCCGGCCGGCCGUACGCGCGCGACGUCGAGAACCAGCGGCCGCUGCCCGCGAACGUGAUGCCCGACCCCGGGCUCGUGUUCGACGUGCUCCUGCGCUCGCGCGGCGACUUCGUGCCGCACCCGGGCGCGAACUCGUCGCUGACGUUCGCGUUCGCGUCCCUCGUGACCCACAGCCUCUUCCGCACGGCCCCGACAGACCCGACGGUGAACAACACGACGUCCUACCUCGACCUCUCGCCGCUCUACGGCACGAACCAGGCCGAGCAGGACCUCGUGCGCGACAAGGCCGCCGGCCGCGGGCUCCUCUGGCCCGACGCCUUCGCCGAGGACCGCCUCGUGCUCGUCCCGCCCGCCGCGAGCGCGCUGCUCGUCGUCUUUAGUCGGAAUCACAACUACGUCGCGAACAUGCUCCUCAAGAUCAACGAGCGCGGACGGUGGACGGACCCGCCGCCGAGCGACCCUGCGAAGCGCGCGCAGCAGGACGAGGAGAUCUUCCAGGUCGCGCGGCUCGUCAACUGCGGCCACUUUAUGUCGAUGAUCUUUGGCGACUACGUCGGCGGCUUCCUCGGCCUGCCGCGCGACGGGCUCGGCUGGAGCAUGAACCCCUUUGACCCCAUCACAGGCGCGAACGGCGAAGUCGUCGGGCGCGGCGAGGGCAACCACGUCUCGGUCGAGUUCAACCUGCUGUACCGCUGGCACGCCGUGACGGCGCAGAAGGACAUCAAGUGGACCGAAGACCUCUUCGCGCGCGUCUUCCCCGGCAAGGACCCCGCGACGCUGCAGCUCAGCGACUUUGGCGCCUCGCUCGGCCGCGAGUGGGCCACCCUCGUCGACCCGAAUCCGCGCACGCGCACGUUCGGCGGGCUCAAGCGCGGCGCAGACGGCACCUUCGCGGACGACGACCUCGCGAACGUGCUGCAGGGCGCGACCGAGGCCGUCGCAGGCGCGUACCGCGCGCGCGGCUCGCCGCCCGUCUUCCGCGUCGUCGAGGCGAUGGCGAUCGCGCAGGGCCGCGCGUGGGGCGUGUGCUCGAUGAACGAGUUCCGCGCGUUCCUCGGCCUGCGGCGCUUCAAGGACUUUGAGGACUGGAACCCGGACCCGGCCGUCGCCGGUGCGGCGCGGCAGCUCUACGGGCACAUCGACAACCUCGAGCUGUACCCCGGCAUCCAGGCCGAGGCGACGAUGCCGCUGGGCCCCGGCUCGGGCAUAUGUUGCGGGUACACGAUGACCCGGGCGAUCUUGGGCGAUGCGGUCGCGCUCGUGCGCGGAGACCGGUUCUACACGACAGACUACACGCCGGCGAACCUCACGACGUGGGGCUUCCAGGACUCUGCGCGCGACCCGAACAACGGCGCGUACGGCGCGGCGCUGCCGCGGCUGCUCAUGCGCCACCUCCCGCGCCACUACCCGGGCACGAGCGUGUACGCGCUCUUCCCGUUCUACACGCCCGCCGCGAUGCGCGCGAACCUCGCGCGGCUCGGCACCCUGCACGAGUACACGGACACGGACGGCAAGCGCCCGCGCCCGCUCGCGGUGCCGACCGUCGUCGACACGCUCGAGGGCCUCCGGCACGUCCUUGCGAGCCCCGAGACGUUUGGGGUGACGUACGGGCCGGAUAUGACGCGCCUCACGGAGAAGUAUGGGUUCUUUUUGUGUUUUGACGGGCGCGAGCAGCACGACAAGGACCGCGCGUGGGCGGCGCACGCGAUGUUCCCCAAGGGCCGGGAGUCGCUCCAUGAGUACGCGAAGAUAUACAGGGGCCUCACCGAGGGCCUCAUCAAGGACUACUCGUACACCAUGGACGGCGCGCCCGGCACGCGCCUCGACGUCGUCGGGAACAUCAUCAACCUCGUCAGCGUGCGCUGGGUCGCGAACUACCUGAUGGGCAUCCCGCUCAAGACCAAGGCGGAGCCGCACGGCCUGUUCGCGGAGCAGGAGCUAUACGACAUGCUCGCGCUCAUCUUCACGUGCUGCACGAUGAACAUCGUCCCCGAGCACUCGUGGACGCUCCAGCACACCUCGCUCCCCGUCGCGCAGGCCCUCCAGCAGAUCAUCACCCAGAACCUCAACGACGUCGCGCCCGCGCUGCUCGGCGCCGUCUCGAGCCUCAUCUGGCCCGCGGAGACGCAGAAGCCGUACCACGCCUUCCUCGAGCGCCUGCACGCGACCGGCCGCGGCCGGCCCGUGCGCGAGGCCGUUGCGCAGGUGCUCGGCCUCUCGAUGGCGAGCUCGAUGACGGUCGCGCAGAGCGUCGCCCAGGUCGUCGACUUCUACAUGGACGACGCGCGCGCGGCCGAGCGCGCCGAGCUCGCGCGCCUCGCGCAAGCGGACAGCAGCGACCCCGCGCAGCAGGCGUUGCUGCGCGGGUACAUACACGAGGCGCAACGACUCCGGCCGCAGGUGUCGAGCCUCGUGCGCACCGUGAAGAGGCCCGGCACGGUCCCCCUCGGCGCGAGCAAGAGCGUCGCCGUCCAGCCGGGCGACGUCGUCUUCCUGAGCGUGAAGAACGCGCACCUGAACCCGACCGACUUCCCGGACCCGCACGCGGUCAACCCGCGCCGCCCGGCCGACUCGUACCACCUCCAGGGCGCGCCGGGCUUCCACCAGUGCUUCGGCAUCGAGUUCUCGGAGGUGACCGUGCCGGAGAUCGUCAAGGCCGUCUUCCGGCUCAAGAACCUGCGCCGCGCCGAGGGCGCGCCCGGCCGCCUCGCGGGCUUCACGCUCGACACGUACGGCACCCAGAGCCCCGUGUACCUCGACGCGACCGGGAACGUGACGUACUGGCCGGCGUCGAUGACGCUCGUGGUGAGUUUCUGGCUUUUUUUUUGCUGC